AUGUGGUGUUGCUUUACCCUAAAAUUUAUUAAUUUUCCAUUAUUGUUGGACCAAAAUACCCCAAACCAAACCAACAAUACAAACCAUAUCUCGCACGCCCGUGUGCCCAGAACCCCUGAUCAGUCCCAACCUUUCCCCUAUCUCUUCCCGGAGACGCUGCGUGUUGGCUCAGAGUUGCCGCGGACUAGCAAAACAGGGUAG